UCUUCUUCGAUCCUCUUCUUAUGGAUCAACGCACGACCCAAACAAGAUACAAUGCUUCCUUCGUCCCUGUAAUAAAUAAAAGAGAACGUUGCUAUAUUCUCUCUUUUGUCUUCAUCUUAUUCAUCUCCAUUAUCAUUGUUUUCAACCUUGGAGACUCGCCUCUUCUUUUCCGUUUCGGUUAUUUCUUCCCUGCUGCUCAUCAACUUAUAUCAAACCAACAAAGACGACCCUGCGAUUAUUCCUACGGUAGAUGGGUUCGAGACGAGAAUUAUCCGAAUCAGUUGUACAAUGAGAGCUGCAUGUUUCUUGAUCGUGGUUUUCAGUGUCGUCGGAAUGGACGAGAAGACGUAGAGUUUCUCAAGUGGAGAUGGCAACCCCAUGGCUGUGAUCUUCCUAGAUUCAAUGCAAGCGACUUUUUGGAAAGGAGUCGAAACGGACGAAUAGUAUUUGCAGGUGAUUCAAUGGGUAGAAACCAGUGGGAGUCUCUGAUAUGCAUGCUAGCACAGGCGGUUACCAACCAGUCAUCAAUCUUCGAAGAAAAUGGAAGCCCCAUAACCAAACACAAGGGGUUUCUUUCCAUGAAGUUCGGAGAUUACAACCUCACCAUUGAACAUUACAGGGCACCGUUCCUUGUUAUCAUCAAUCGCCCACCCAAAGAUUCAGCAGCUCAAGUCCAAGUAACCAUCAGUGUCGACAAGUUGCACAAGUAUUCCGAGCGAUGGACGGGGGCCCAUGUUCUAGUCUUCAAUACAGGGCAUUGGUGGAACAAGGAGAAAACUGUUAGGAUGGGAUGCUAUUUUCAGGAAGGAGGGAAAGUGAACAUGACCAUGGAUGUGAUGGAGGGGUUUCGCAGGUCUCUGCACACGUUGAAGCUAUGGAUAACCAAGAAUUUAAACCCGGAACGGAGCCAUGUUUUUCUUCAAAGCUAUUCACCAGUUCAUUAUACGAAUGGCGCAUGGAAUGAUGGUGGCUUGUGUGAUGCAGAAAUUGAACCAGAAAAGAACGAAAAAAAGCUUAAAGCAGAGCCUUGGAAUAAUCGAUACAUUGCUGAUGUAAUUAAUCAAAUGACAUAUGGCAACAGGAAGGUCCGGUUGUUAAACAUUACAUACCUGACAGAGUUCAGGAAAGAUGGUCACCCGUCGAGGCACCGAGAGCCAGGGACUCCUGCUGAUGCUCCACAGGACUGCAGCCAUUGGUGCCUACCUGGUAUACCUGACACAUGGAAUGAAAUUCUCUAUGCUCACCUACUAUCAAUGGAAUUUAGAACCAAGUAAAUUGCCAAUUGGGAAAUACCAAAACAAGAAACAAAAAUGAUAUUGAAACCAUCUAUUACCCUAUAUGGGGUGUAAAUGUUUCGAUUUUGAAGGUUGUACAGGAUCUCCUCAGCCAGAGCAUAGCUAGGAGGGCAAAUAGGGGCCUUGGCUCUGUUAGUCAAGUGGGAUAACAUCAGUUUUAGUCUCUCCCAACUAUCAAGAAUUCAAUUUAGACCCAUUUAAACAAAAUUUAUACCUUUAGCCUCAAAUUUUAAAAUUUUUUAUUUUGGCCCUCAAUACUGAUUUCCAAGAUUUGGCUCUUCCAUCAAGCUAAGCUAUUCAAACAACUUUAGAA